AUGGCUCAAACACACCAAGUUCCUUCGGCGGUUAUUGUGCCUGAUGAGCUCGGCAAUGAUACGGACUCUUCACUUGGCGAAGAAGUUCUCUCGUCCACUACAAGCAUCUCCAGCUCAAUUUUAAACUAUCGUCGCGAAAAUGGGAGGACAUACCACGCAUACAAAGACGGAAAAUACGUUCUUCCCAAUGACGAGGCAGAAAAUGAGAGACUAGACCUUCAACAUAAUCUGUUUCUACUUACUCUAGACGACAGGCUUGGUCUAGCUCCUCCAAACGAACCUGAUUCCAAAGCGAAACACGUUCUGGAUAUUGGAACGGGAACUGGGAUCUGGGCCAUCGACUAUGCUGAUGAACAUCCAGAAACGCAAGUAAUUGGCGUGGAUUUGUCUCCCAUCCAGCCAGCAUUCGUGCCCCCAAACCUAACCUUCAUGAUUGAGGAUAUUGAAGAUGAAUGGAACUAUUCCCAUUCGUUUGACUAUAUUCACAGUCGCUUCAUGUCAUCCGCUAUCGCAAGCUGGACCGACUUUCUCACCAAAUGCUACAAUAACCUGGCACCCGGUGGCUACGUGGAGAUCCAGGAAGCAGACCUAAACCUUCAAUCAGAUGACGGUACACUCAAGCCUGAUAACAUAAUGCUCAAGUCCCUCCGCCUCUUGACAGAAGCGUCGGUCAAGUUUGGUCGUCCGUACCAAGACAUUCCACCACUUGCAGACAUCAUGACCCAAGUUGGUUUUGUAGAUGUUGUCAUCAAGCAGUUCAAGUGGCCCAUCAACGGAUGGCCAAAGGACAAGAAGGACAAGCUAUUGGGAGAGUGGUCUUAUAUCAACAUGGUUAGUGGUCUCGAGGCGUUUACAAUGGCACCGUUGACGCGAGCUCAUGGCUGGACGCCUGAGGAAGUAACCCUGUUCCUUAUUGAUCAGAGGAAAGCGUUGGGGGACAAGAAUACUCAUGCUUAUUGGCCUAUUUAUUCCAUCUAUGGAAGGAAGGCAGCUGAAUAA